AUGGAAGACAACAUCGCCACCAAAAAACAACCAAAUCUGCCUUCAAAUUACGUGACUCUCGCUCAACUCCAAGAACGGUGGAUAAAAGAACAGCAGAUAAAACAAAAGGGGAAAGAACAACAAGAAGAGCAAAACCAAAAGAAACUUGAUAACGAAGAAGCUGAGCCAGAACACCUGUCUCAACCAAUUCGAAGAAAUUCCAACCGGAAAUCUUACCGCCGGAAUUUAAUUGGCACAAAUGUCGAGGAAUCGAAGAUUGUAUCGGUUGCUGUUCUUGAAGAAAAUGAGAAGAGCAAAGAAAUGAAAAGAAAACGGUGGACGAAGAAGAAGAAGAAAGGAGAAGCUAGGGCACCAGAGAAGGAGGGGGAGGUGGCGGGAAGUGAAGCACACGCGCUGCUAGUGAAAAAUGAGAAGAAGAAUGUUAGAUAUGAGCGAAAGAGGGAAAUGCGGGUGGAGUACGGGGAAAAGGUUGAGAAAGUGGUGGAGGAGAAUAAUCAGACGGUUGAGAUUGAGAAAGAAAUUGGGGAUCUUUCAAUUGAUAAAGAGAGUGAAGAAACAAACAGGAAAGAUAAGGUUAUUAAUGGUGGAAUGAAAAACAAGUACAGGGACUGCGAACAAAACCAAAAGAAACUUCAUAACGAAGAAAUUGAACCAGAACACCUGUCUCAACCAAUUCGAAGAAAUUCCAGCCGGAAUUUAGUUGGCACAACUGUCGAGGAAUCGAAGGCUGUAUCGGUUGCUGUUCUUGAAGAAAAUGAGAAAAGCGAAGAAAUGAAAAGAAAAGGGUGGACGAAGAAGAAGAAGAAGAAAGGAGCAGCUAGGACACCGGAGGAGGAGGGGGAGGUGGCUGUAAGUAAAGCACACGCGCUGCUAGUGAAAAAUGAGAAGAAGAAUGUUAGAUAUGAGCGAAAGAGGGAAAUGCUGGUGGAGUACCGGGAAAAGGUUGAGAAAGUGGUGGAGGAGAAUAAUCGGACGGUUGAGAUUGAGAAAGAAAUUGGGGAUCUUUCAAUUGAUAAAGAGAGUGAAAAAUCAAACAGGAAAAAUAAGGUUAUUAAUGGUAGAAUGAGAAACAAUUACAGGGACUGCGAUGGCUAUGAUAAUCGAGAUGAUAGGGAUCACAGAGGUUAUAAUGAUGGCGGUGAUCGUGGUAAUGGGCAGUAUAGUGAAGGUCAUUGGAGGUAUAAUAGCAAAAAUGGGUGGUAUGGAGGAGGCCAUAGGAGGUUUAAUGGAAAUGAACAACGGAAGGGGAUAGAUAAUGGAAGGGUUUGGGUGAAGAAAGAAGAGGUUGCUGAUGACGGUGAUAUGGUUGGGAAUCAGAGCUCGAGUGGUCCGUUGAAGGAAUAA